AUGUCAAAAGUUAGGGGGGACUCGCGGAGAGCCAUGGAAAAUAGCCUGGCUGCAGCCACUAAAUCAGCCUUUCCGGGGCAGGAAUGGGAGCUCACGCCUACCGUGACAAUCAAGGAGGUAUUUGAUGUGGUGCAAGCGGGCAAAGCAGCCUAUGGCGUGGUACCGUUUGAGAACUCGACGCACGGCAUCGUCACGUUCACGCUGGACAGUCUGGCCGACCGGGCCGGCAGCUAUGCUGGCAUCUCGGUCUACGGGGAGGUCUACUUGGAUGUCCACCACUUCUUGCUCGGCCGGCGGCAGAGCGCAGAGGGAGAAGGGAACAGUGUUACUGCCGAGGCAGACAUGCCAAGGGCACGCCCUCUGACGGACCUCAAGCAUAUCCAGCGCGUUUAUUCGCACCCUCAGGCGUUUGGACAGACGUCGGCCUUUUUUGCGGCGUACCUGCGCGGCGUUGACACCAUCGACGUUACCUCGACCAGCAAGGCAGCCGAGAUGGCGGCGGCGGACGCUUCGGGCACCAGCGCGGCCGUCGCAGGCGAGAUGGCUGGCGAGGAAAGGGGGCUCGACGUGCUGGCGCGGUGCAUCGAGGACCGCGAGGACAACACAACGCGCUUCUUUCUGAUCCGAAAGGACGAGGGGCCGCAGCAGCAGCAGCAGCAGCAGCCAGAGGAGGGGAAGGGGGCUACAGAGAGAAUGGAGGAUGGCGGCGAGCCGUACGGGCCAAUGUACAAGACGCUCGUGUCGUUCACCGUGCCGCACCGCACACCCGGGGCGCUGGCCGAUGUCCUCGACUGCUUCAAGCAGCUGCGACUCAACCUGACUAGCAUCAACAGCUUACCCAGCCUCCUCGAGCCCUUCCAUUACCUGUUUUUCGUCGAGUUCGAGGGCAGCCGCCUCGACGACCCCGGGGGCAGGGUCAAGGUCGCCCUGGAGCGCCUAGCCAAGACGGCCCAGGGCUGGAGGUGGCUGGGGAGCUGGCGGAACCAGAGGAGAGUUGGAGGGUCAUCUUGA